AUGGUUUCACGAACGAAAGGGACGACGACGAUGGAAGUUGGCGCCGAUGACGUUGCCGUCAUAACUCUCAUCAGUCCUCCCGUCAAUUCGCUAUCAUUUGACGUGUUAUACCUCAAGAGUAAUUACGAGGAAGUCUUGAGCAGGAACUAUUUCAAGGAUUUGAACGGCGAGCCAUGCAGUGCGUUAGAUAUCAACAACUCUAAUAUGUUAAGUGGCAUACCGAAUUUAGCUUUAACUCCAACAUGA